CAGUGAGAAUCGAGGGUCUUGGACGGAGCUGCUCAACGUCGUGCGAGCCCAUGAGAAGCGACCGUUCAAGAAGAAAACUUGACAGAAAAGUCGAACAGAUCAGCAGAAUUUACACCGCCAAAGACUCACCUGUUCCUCCGGAAUACAUUGACUCGGAAGAACUGGAAGUAAUCGACGAUCUUGGUAUUAUAUUCGCUGGAAACGGAGAAGCGAGUGGAUACGUACUUUGAACUGGAAGACUAAAGUCCCAGGGAUCCGCUUGCUCGACUACGCGUACGGUGAUAACACAACAAGUACCCGAAAUGCUGGCAGCCUCGAUUUAUCACGAAAUCUACUACACGCUGUUGCCCAGGACGACGAUGACCUCACGAGUACCGCGCUGCCUCUUUGGCCGGCCAAAUUCGCGAGAGACGAUAGAGAUGCUCCAGGAGGCACUGGACGCGGAGAGGAGCAAGUUCGCCAAGAGAUGGGGAGUAGAUCCUCGCUCCGAGGAUAAGGAAAAUAAUUACCAGAAACGGAACAACGAGAAGAGCGACCGGUCGCCCGGUAAAAAGCGGAGUAAUCCGUAUUCAAGGCAGACCAGCAUUCACGAUUAUUGGCGAGCUAGAAAAGUAUGCGACGUGAACAAAAAGCCGCUGACGGCCACGAUAGACGUGUCGAAGCAAAAUGUGGAAUCGUCGAAAACAACGAAGGCCCCCACGACGACAACGACAACUAUAACGAAGUCCACAUAGAAGACGUUGAAUUAAUCGUAUAUUCUAUCACAUAGACCCCGUGCACACAUGCAAUUGUCUCUUAUUUUGCUGCGGUAGCGAAAAAAACCGCCAUGUUAACUUAAAUAUAUUGGACGGUAAAACAAUUAACUAGAAAACAGCUAGCUUUAAAUAAGUUAAACAAAAUUAAUAUAUUUUACAUUUAGCGGGGGGGGGGGGGGGGAUUAUUAAAAUAUUAUUUAAAUAGUAUUUUUAAAAUUAUGAAAAACGUACUGUGUAAAGUGAUAAUCGCCAACUAUUGAAAAGUGAGCACAAAUUCUUAGUCGCGGGGUUUCGACGAUUGUUUGCGUAAACCGGACUUUGUCUGCGUUACUGAAAUUUGUAUAUUUGUUCCUUGGUCUUUCGAGCGCUAUAUAUUAUCAUCAAUCAAUAAUUGUAAUAAUCUUCCUUAGGAUUAAUCGCGACGGACGUAUUAAUUAAUUUUUGUAAAUAAUUUGUCAAAAGAGAGAGAGAUAUUUAUGGAGGUUUGGAUGGAUUUAUCGUCGUGAGAAUCGCGAUUGUCAACUAAAAUAUUUAUGAUCGACAUAUCAUUUUAGAGCAACAUAUUGAUAUGGUUUUUAAUAGUAUAUUAAAAAUUUCUCAUGGCGGUGACUAUCUAUCGAAAGCCUGAAACGGUUGGUUCCAUGACAAAACCAACGAUGCAGCGCCUCCAAAGACUAACUAAUUCAAAACGUCUAUUCGC